AUGGGGUUUACCAGCACGUUUAAGCUUUUGAAUUUGGGGAUAAAGCGGAGGACUUGGAGGCGCACGAAGAAGCAGCCGCCGCACCGCUGGGACGCCAUAAGAAACCAGCUGGACCAGCUGCUGCGCUUCGGGCGUUUGGAAACCACCAUAACUCGGGCCAAAGAGCUGCAGCCCUACGCCGAGGAGCUCAUUCACCUCGCCAAACGCGGUCCCGAGAAAACCCUCGCAGUGGAGUCCAUUCUGCGGACUCCAGCUGCUCGGCGGCGUUUGCUGGAGGAGUUCGUUGGGGUGUACGUACACCGCAACUUCUUCUUCACGAGAGUUGUAAAUCAGUUUCGACUUCGAAUGCGCGACGCCGCGCCCAUGGCCUACAUCGAAUUCGUCGACAGACCCGGAGAGCUGCGGCCCGCCCGGCCCGUGGGCACUGAAAGGCAGAAAUAUAUUUGGCAGCAAAUGGAGGAGUCCAGGAGGCAGCGGCGUCUGCUGUGGAACCACGCCAGCAAAAUGGGCCUUUUAGACUCCUCAGGCGUUCUCCUCAAACCCCACAUCUUCUCCAAGCCCCAGGGGGCCCCCGGGGCCCCCCCUGGGGGCCCCCCUGAGGGGGGGCCCCCAGGGGGCCCCCCAAUGGGGGCCCCCGUUUGGCCCGGG